AUGAUAAAAUUAUUGAAUUACAGAUUAAAUGCACCAUUCUUUUCAACAGAUAUUUGUAAAGCAAUAUUUCGGAAUCUUACUUAUCCUAAAUCACUGCUACUUGUACCUUUGACACUUUUUAGUGGUGUUGAACAAGCAUUUGUUGUAGGCCUCUAUACAAAAGCUUACAUUGGUUGUGGCCUUGGUAUUGGCCAAAUUGGAUUCGUAAUGACAGGAUUUGGUGUAGCAGAUGCUGUUUGUAGCCUAGUUUUUGGGCCAUUAAUGAAAUUAUUUGGACGAAUGCCUUUAUUUGUUUUUGGUGCUGUUAUCAGUAUGCUUAUUUGGCCUUUAAAUCCUGGUGAUACAUCAUUAUUCUAUGCUAUUGUUGGUGUUUUAGGCAUGGCUGAUGGUGUCUGGAAUACUCAGAUUAGUGGAUUAUGGAUAGCACUAUCAUCUAGUCAUCUUGAAGCUGCAUUUGCUAAUUAUCGAUUCUGGGAAUCAACCGGUUUUGGUUUAGGACUUAUCCUGAUCCGUUUUACAAAUAUCACACAAUUUUUACUUAUUUCAUUAGGAAUGCUAUUGAUUGGAAUGCUCUGUUAUUUGAGUAUCGAAUUUUAUGAUAAUAUCAGUCUAUAUGGUAGACGAAUUGUUGAUAUAUGCCAAAUUAGACGUAAAAAUCAAAUUGGCAAUAAACCGCUUUCAUCAAUGGAAACAUCAUUAAUUAGUGCGACAAGUGCGCCAGAAAAAGUAUGA